AUGUCUUGUAAGAGUGACAGCAUGAGAGGAAUGAAUGAUUGUCAACUAAUCACUUCAUCAUUAGCGAACAUCAGUGUAUCAGAAGUCACCGUUGUGAAGUCAAGCGAAAUGUUUCCUAAUAUUCCGAUCAUUAAUCAUGCUUGCAAUAUAAAUAUUUCAUCCACGAUGGUAGAAAGCAUUAAACGUUUGCACAACAGCCAACAUCCAACUUUGUCUUCCUUUCAGUUAUUUAAAAAUUCUCAAGAAAUUAAUAAUGGAAUAAAUCCAAAUGUUUCAAAUAAAGUGAAGUUUACAAGUUUACCUCCAAUAAAAAGUAUCCUUGACCUACCUCGUUCCAGAUCUUAA